AUGGUCUGCAGUUGGACUUGCCGGAGGAAGAUUUUGAGUCACCAGCAAGCAACCCGGUCGACCUUUUGCGGCUUUGCCAAUUCUUGUCGUGGAGAACGUGUCGUUUUUCUCACUCUCCUUCCCUCUUAUCAUCGAUUAGCCUUUGAUUUUAUCUUUUCUUUCCUUAUUUACGCUAUGUUCACUCUUUUACAAAUUACAUACUUUAUCUCUUUCUUUUUAAGUUUCUUUCUUCUUUCUAUUUCCUCACUCAUUCUUUCUGUUUACCGUUCUUUUUUAAUUUCAGUUCUCUGUUUUUUCUAUCUAUCUAUCUAUCUAUCUAUCUAUCUAUCUAUCUAUCUAUCUAUCUAUUUUAACUUUUUCUGGCUUUUACUUUCUUUCUUCCUUUCCUUACACUCCCAUGUUCAUUCUGCCAUUCAUUCACUUCAUCACUUUUUCUUUCUUUCUUUUCUUUUCUUUCUUUCUUUCUUUCUUUCUUUCCUAAUGCUUUUCUUUCCCAAUGCUUUCUUUUUUUCUUUCUUUUCUUUUUCUUUCUUUCUUUCUUUUUCUUUUCCCAAUGCUUUUCUUUCUUUUCUUUCUUUUCUUUCUUUCUUUUUCUUUUUUCUUUCUUUCCCAAUGCUUUUCUUUCUUUCUUUCUUUUCUUUCUUUCUUUCUUUUUUUCUUUCUUUCUUUUUUCUUUUCUUUCCCAAUGCUUUCUUUUUUUUCUUUCUUUCUUUCUUUUCUUUUUCUUUUCUUUCUUUUCUUUCUUUUUCCUGCUUGCUUGCUUUCUUUCUUUUUUCUUUCCCAAUCUUUCUUUUCUUUCUUUUCUUUUCUUUCUUUCUUUCUUUCUUUCUUUCUUUCUUUCUUUCUUUCUUUCCUAAUGCUUGCUUUUCUUUCUUUCUUUUCUUUCCCAAUGCUUGCUUGCUUUUUCUUUUCUUUCUUUCUUUCCCAAUGCUUUCUUUCUUUCUUUCUUUCUUUUUCUUUCUUUCUUUCUUUCUUUUACUUCUUUCUUUCUUUCUUUUCUUUCUUUCUUUCUUUCUUUCUUUUCAAUACUUAUUCCUUAUUAGCUUCUUCCUUUCUUUUUAA